AGGCAGCGGCGAGGACCCGGGCUGGGGCCGCGCAGGCCGGAGGGCCCCGCGCCCUCGGCCCCAGCGCGGCCGCGAACCGCUCUCUCUCUCCGGAGGCGAGGCUCGGAGGUCCUACAGGUAUGGAUCUCUGGCAGCUCCUGUUGACCUUGGCAGUGGCAGGCUCAAGUGAUGCUUUUUCUGGGAGUCCAGCCACACCAGCUAUCCUUGUCAGAGCGUCUCAGAGUCUGCAGAGAGUUCAUCCAGGCCUAGAGACAAAUUCUUCCGGGAAGCCUAAAUUCACCAAGUGCCGUUCACCUGAACUAGAGACUUUUUCAUGCCACUGGACAGAUGGGGUUCAUCACGGUUUACAGAGCCCAGGAUCCAUACAGCUGUUCUAUAUCAGAAGGAGCACUCAAGAAUGGACUCAAGAAUGGAAAGAAUGCCCCGAUUAUGUCUCUGCUGGAGAAAACAGCUGUUACUUUAAUUCAUCUUAUACCUCCAUUUGGAUCCCCUACUGUAUCAAGCUAACUAGCAAUGGUGAUACUGUGGAUCAAAAGUGUUUCUCUGUUGAGGAAAUAGUGCAACCAGAUCCACCCAUUGGCCUCAACUGGACUUUACUGAACAUCAGUUUAACAGGGAUUCAUGCAGAUAUCCAAGUGAGAUGGGAACCACCACCGAAUGCAGAUGUUCAGAAGGGGUGGAUAGUCCUGGAAUAUGAACUGCAAUACAAAGAAGUAAAUGAGACCCAGUGGAAAAUGAUGGACCCUGUAUUGUCAACAUCAGUUCCAGUGUACUCAUUGAGACUGGAUAAAGAGUAUGAAGUGCGUGUGAGAUCCAGACAACGAAACUCUGAAAAAUAUGGCGAGUUCAGUGAGGUGCUCUUCGUAACACUUCCUCAGAUGAGACCGUUUGCAUGUGAAGAAGAUUUCCGGUUUCCAUGGUUCUUAUUUAUUAUCUUUGGAACAUUUGGACUAAUGGUGACAUUAUUUUUAUGCAUAUUUUCUAAACAACAAAGGAUUAAGAUGUUGAUUCUACCCCCAGUUCCAGUUCCAAAGAUUAAAGGAAUUGAUCCAGAUCUCCUCAAGGAAGGAAAAUUAGAAGAGGUGAACACAAUCUUAGCCAUUCAUGACAACUAUAAACACGAAUUCUACAAUGAUGACUCUUGGGUUGAAUUUAUUGAGCUAGAUAUUGAUGACCCUGAUGAAAAGACUGAAGGAUCAGACACAGACAGACUUCUAAGCAAUGACCAUGAAAAAUCACUUAAUAUCCUUGGGGCAAAGGAUGACGACUCUGGACGUACCAGCUGUUACGAACCUGACAUUCUGGAGACUGAUUUCAAUGCCAAUGACAUGUGUGAUGGUACCUCAGAGGUUGCUCAGCCACAAAGGUUGAAAGGGGAAGCAGAUCGCUUGUGCCUUGACCAGAAGAAUCUAAAUAACUCACCUUCGAAUGAUGCUACCCCUGCUAGCCAGCAGCCCAGUGUUAUCCUAGGAGAGGAAAACAAACCAAGAUCACUUCUUAUUGGCAAAACUGAGUCAACUCAUCAAGCUGGCCAUACACAGCAACAGCUCAGCAAUCCAAGUUCAUUGGCAAACAUCGACUUUUAUGCCCAGGUAAGUGACAUUACACCAGCAGGGAGUGUGGUCCUUUCCCCGGGCCAAAAGAAUAAGGCUGGGAUCUCCCAGUGUGACAUGCAUCCAGAAGUCGUCUCACCCUGCCAAGCAAACUUCAUCAUGGACAACGCCUACUUCUGUGAGGCAGAUGCUAAAAAGUGCAUCGCCCUGGCCCCUCAUGUCGAGGUUGAAUCACAUGUAGAGCCAAGCUUUAACCAGGAAGACAUUUACAUCACCACGGAAAGCCUUACCACUACUGCUGGGAGGUCUGGGACAGCAGAACGUGUUCCAAGUUCUGAGUUGCCUGUCCCAGACUAUACCUCCAUUCAUAUAGUACAAUCUCCACAGGGCCUCGUACUCAAUGCAACUGCCCUGCCCUUGCCUGACAAAGAGUUUCUCUCAUCAUGUGGCUACGUGAGCACAGACCAACUGAACAAAAUCAUGCCGUAGCUUUUCUUCGAUUUCCCAUGAGCUACAUAUUUAAUGAGUUACCUAUUUACUCUAGCAAAGAGUUGGCUAGGGAAUGAAUGCUGAAACCAAAACAAUGUUUAAACAUUUUUUGGAGGGGGGUGGGAGUUGAGGGUGGGGGAUACGGAUUCUAAAUGGCUUUUCCUGAAGUGUUGAAACAUGAUAUUAAAGAAAAAGAAGAAGAACCCUUCAUCAGAUAGAUAUUCUUGUGAAUUGUAAAUAUUUUAAAGAAUUGUCUCAAAGACUGUUUAGUGGCAGUGAUUGUCUUGUUAUUGUGGGUGUUAAUUUUGUGCUACUAAGCAUUGAAUGGCUAUGUUUUUUAAUCUAUAGUUAAUCAUGCUUUUUGAAAAAGCGAAAAAUCAGGUGGCUUUUGCAGUUCAGGACGAUUGAAUGCAAAUCAUAGCACAGGCUAAGUUUUUUUUAAUAAUUGGGAACUAAAAUUUUAGGUAAGAAGACAAGAAAUAGUUUGGAUAUGUAAAACAUUUAUUUUGACAUAAAAUGGAUAAAGGUAUUUUUAAUAAUUUACACUUUAAGCAUGGCUAUUUUCUAUUACACUAUACACGGUGUACUGUAGCUCAUGCCGACCCAUCUAAAGAAUGUAGUAACUGCAGUCUAAAGCUGGUUUAAUGCUUUGGUCAACGCACCUGAAGAAAAACUAGUUUUUUACAAGGCCCUUUUUAUACCUCCUAAAACUCUUUAAAUGAUUCUAAAAUGAUUGUAGUUAGCUGCAUUAUUGGAAUGUGUUCAUCUUAUCUGAAUUUGUAAACAGAUAUUUGUUAAUUUAGAAAACUUUAAAAUGUUUGCGCAGAUCAACUUAUCAUGAACCAAAAAAACCCAAAAAAACAAAAAAAAAACCCACAACACAAAUGAACAAAAAGGCUUUUCUUACCCAAGUUUUGGUUCAUGUCAGAGCACUGCAUACUAAGAGAAUAGAAAUCAUAGCUGGUUCCUAUUGACCCAGAAUGCUUAAUCACUGCAGUGCACGGGGAAGGAGUUUCUUAGUGCACUCAGAUCAUGAGAGUCAAGCCUUAGAACCUCGGCCACAGUGUCUCUUAGUUCAUAUUUACCUAAGGAAGGAAUAGGUCCAAGAAGCAUUUUGUAAGUUGAAGCUGGUCGAAGUGAAGUUAACCAGAUCAUGGAAUAAAAGUUCAAGAAAAAGCUUUUUCUUUCACAGCCUAUAGCCAGACACAUACUCAUUAUUCAUGGUAGCAAAAAAAAGAGAAAAAACAAGAUUUUAAAUCCGCAAGAUAACUAAAAAAUUUAUUUAAACCCAUAGCAGAAACUUUCUUCCUUACCAAAUCUUUUAUAGGAUUUACUUAAAUAAAAGAAGUUUCGUCAUUUUUUACUUCCCCUCUGAGUGGAUUGGCCUUAAAGCGGGUAGUCAGAAGAAAAAGAAGCAGCCUGAGUAAAUUAUAAGUUAUUGUUCAAUAUCUUAAUAACCUAAACAUCAUUCAUAGGAGCACUGGGAUUGCUCCUCAAAAGGUUUGUCAAAAAAAGAAGACUCAUCUCACUCAAGAAUGCUUCUCACUUAAGUAUUUUUUAAAGGUUAAUAAAACUUUAAAGUUAGCUUUAACUUAAAUAGUAUUUGCCAUACCUUUUUAGGAAACAAGCUUAAUGGUUGGCGAUUUUAAAUUCCCUCUUUCUUGCAGGAAGGACAGUGAAAAGCUAGAAUUGGGUGUUUAAAGUUCAACAUGUUACUUUGUAAUAGAUGUUUAAUAGAUUUUCUGCUACCUUGCUGCUACGGUUUUCUCUAAGAGCUACAUAAUUUAGUUUCAUAGACAGUUUCAUCAAUGUAGAACCUAAUUCAACUUAAAACUGUGUGUUUGGGAAAACUAUCUUACUAUUUUACAAUAGGCUGACAACAUUUCUAUAGCCAAAAAUAGCUAAAUACCUCAAUCGGUCUCCGAAUGUCAUUUUGGUACUUUGCUGGCCACACAAGCCAUUAUUCACUAGUAUGACUAGUUGUGUCCUGCAGUUUAUAUUUAACUUUCUUUAUGUCUGUGGAUUUUUUUCCUUCAAAGUUUAAUAAAUUUAUUUUCUUGGA